UGGAGCUCGGUACGCGCAGGGCGGCCGGAGCAGCAUGGCGGAAGACGAGAGCGAUCAGGAGUCGGAGAGGCUCGGCGAGGAACUCGAGGCCAUAGCGGCGCCGCGACUUCCCGCCGGCUUGUCUCCUGCUCUGAGCAGCCAGUAUUAUUGUUACCGCUUCUGCCAGGUUGUUGAAGACUAUGCUGGAAGAUGGCAGGUUCCUCUGCCACAGCUUCAAGUACUUCAGACAGCACUCUGUUGUUUCACAUCUGCAUGUGUAUCAUUCCCAGCUGAAUGUGAGCAUGUACAGUAUGUGCUGAGUAGCCUAGCCUUGAGUUUUUUUGAAUUACUGUUGUUCUUUGGAAAGGAUGAAUUCUAUGAAGAUCCUUUAAAAGAUAUUCUGGGUUCAAUCCAGGACUGUCAGAACCUCUUGAGCAGAUACAGAAAUGUUAACUUGGAAUUGGUGACUCGAAUUAUCAGAGAUGGAGGACCUUGGGAGGAUCAUGUAUUACAAGCUGUUCUUAAAGCAAAGCCAGUUUCUCAGGAGUUAGUUAACAAAUAUUUAAGCUCUGAAAAUCCACUGUUCUUUGAAUUGCGUGCCAGAUAUCUUAUUGCUUGUGAACGCAUCCCAGAGGCAAUGGCUCUUAUCAAAUCUUGCAUGAAUCAUCCUGAUAUUAGCGAAGACCUUUACUUCCAUCAAGCAUUUUUCAUGUGUCUUUAUAUGUCACCACUGGAAGAUCAGCUGUUCCAAGAGCACUUGCUGAGGACUGAUUGCAAGAAUGGCAUUGAAAUCAUCUGCAACAUUGCAAAGGAAGGGAAGAUUGCCUUAGCUUUAUACCUUUGUGAAUCGUUUCUCAUUCCACAACUCAAAAAAGGAGAGAUGUUUUGCAUCUGGGAGCUGAUCUUUAUUUGGAGUAAAUUGCAGCUUAAGUGUAAUCCAUCAAAGCAAGUAUUUGUAGAUCAGUGCUAUCACCUUCUAAGGAUAGCUACAAACAUAAGGGUUAUUUUCCCUUUCAUGAAAGUUAUUAGAGAUGAAAUUGGCAAAGAAGGUCUGCAGAUUUGUGUUGAGAUAUGUGGAAGUGCUCUCCAGCUGGAUCUCCGUGAUGAUCCAAAAAUGAAAUGUCUGAUAUACAAAACCAUUGCUCAUUUUUUGCCAAAUGACUUGGAGAUUGUCAGAACAUGUGCUCUUUCUAUCUUCUUUCUUGAGCGCACCUUGGAGUCCUAUCACACUGUUGAACAUUUAUAUAAAUGUGCAGAUGAAGAAUACAAUGAACAAACUAGUUCUGUUCAGAAUCGUGUUCGUUUUGAGUUGCUUCCAAUUUUGAAAAAGGGAUUAUUCUUUGAUCCUGAGUUCUGGAAUUUCUUGAUGAUCAAGCAGAACUGUUUAGCUUUGCUAAGAGACAAAGCAUCAGUUGACUUGAGUGACAGUACACUGGAGCAUUCUUCUGCAAAUACUCUGAAGACACGUCGAGUGUUGCGUGAUCAAGCAUGUGCAUCUGAUGUAAACAAUGGAGAACUAGACCAUGAAGAUACUUCUGGAACUCAUUUGAAAUGUCAUGGUAGUUCCAGAAAGAACCAUGUAGUUCUUGGUUCAUCUAAAGUUGAUCACAAUGUACCAAGGCAUCGUUGUGUAUUGUGUAACAGGGAAUUUCUUGGUGGUCACAUUGUGAGGCAUGCACAGGCUCAUCAGAAAAAGGGUAGUUUUUCAUGUGUAAUGUGUCGCAGAAAAUUCAGGCAAAAAGGAAUAAUGCUUAAGCACUUAAAAAAUCACAUCAAGAAGAUGACAAGGCAUCAUCUUGCUGCUACCUGUCAAGAUCAGGAAACCCCUGAUGUAAAUAAAAUAAAUUGUUCUGAUGCAGACAUCUCUCUUGAAAAUGGGAACUUGGAGAGCUCAAAAGAUAACAAAGUAGAAGCUGUCAUUCCAAGUAUUGAUGAAAAGAUGCAGAAUUCUAAAUUCACAUUGGAUGUGACUGAAAAUCAUGUAACUUACCAGGAUAACAUUAUUGAAAAUGGAAGUUGCGAUAACUGUUCAAAGACACCUAAAACAGAAGUUACAGGAGGAUUGCCAGACAGUGAUAGCAGCAUGAAUAAAGAGUUCCCUAUUCUUCAUAAAGUAAAUGGUGCAUUAAGCCCUCAAAAUGACUUGGACAUUAUGGACCAAGCAGGUAAUUUUAAGUGUCCCGCUAAUGGCUGUAUUCGAAUUUUUAAAAAGAUACGGUUUCUGAACAAACAUGCAAGGAAAGCUCAUCCCACUGAUCUUAAGGUGCAAGAGCACAUCAUGAAAUGGAAUAAAGGAAAAUGUCGGUUUUGUCAGAGAAAAUUUUUAGAUUCUCAACAUUUUAUUGAUCAUUUAAAGCAACAUGUUUAUCCAAAUGUAUAUUUUUGUUUACAUUUUAACUGUAACCAGAGAUUUAAGCUGUCCACUGAGCUUGCAGAGCAUAUAAAAAGUCACAGUGAAUUUAAAGCUCAGUGUAACUUUUCAGAGUGCUGCAAGCUUUUUGGUGAUCUUUCAUUGCUGUAUGAGCAUGAGGCUCAACAUUAUUCAAACAAAAAGGAUCCUUCUGAAGAAGGCAGUGAAAAUAAUUCUUCAGAUAUUGUUUUGGAAUCCCAGUGUAGCAUCCAAGAAAAAGGAAGCAGUAGCAGUGAAAAGGAGAGUGUAAUAGACUUGCCAAUUCCAACUUGGAAAGCAAGGAAGGAUUCCACAGAACCAAAGACUUACAUCCAGAGUGAGAAAAAAACAAGUAGUCUAAUUCAGAAUGGUAAUGAAAAUGCAUGUGAUAAUGCUGCUACAAUUGUGAACUUGAUAGACCAAAAGAUACCUGCAGUACAGCCAAAUCUGGAGAACUGUAAAGUUGGUGACCAAUUGGUUAAUGGGCAUGGUGAACUAGAACAGACUACAUCAACUUCACUGGAUGCUGAUUUGGAAAGAGUGACUGACAGUACAAGGACAGAAAAUGGAUGCAUUCUACCUAUUUUACAGAAUUGUACUGAUACGCCACCAAACAGUCUUGCUGUAAUCUCUCAGUCAUCUUCCAAAUCAAAUCAGAUAGCAGAAAAUACUUCAUAUGGCUUAAUUUUAACAAAGCCUUAUGUUAGACCAUUGCCUCCAAGUUACCUUGAUGAACGAUACAUUAGUAUGCCAAAACGAAGAAAAACGUUGACUGACAAAGUAGAUGUCCAUUCAGAGCAAGAUAAAACUUGUAGCAAAUCUGAGAGAUUAAGAUGCAGCAAAUGCCUGACCACCUACUGUAAUUCAGAAGCACUUCAGCUUCACCUUGCACAAAAGAAGUGUCGGCCACUCUUUGGAUUUGAUUCAGAUGAUGAAAGUGCCUGAUCAAAUGUUGUAAGAAGACUUCUCAGUUUGAGGAGUAGCGUGAUGGAACACUACACUAUUCUGCAUCAGUUUGCUUUUCCCUUGUUGGCCUUAAUUAUAAAGAAGUCUAAAAUUACUAAAGAAAAUCUGACCUUGCUUAGAGUCAAAGCACACUUUGGUCAGAGCUAAGUGGUAGUAGGAACUGUGCAGAAUUUGAAUCCAGAAAAGAACUGUGUUGAAGCCCCCAAAGUACCAGUUAUCCAAGAAGCUACACGUUCCCACAUGAAGUCCCUGUGUGAGUAAGUUCAAAGUGCAGCAACAUACUAAAUGGCUCUCAAGCCAAUUGGUACCUAUUGCCCUAGAGAGAAAUGAAGUGGUACAAACCUCUUUUUGGUUGUCCAUGCCCAAAGGAAGCCUGUCCACAUUAUAAAAACUAGUUUGAGUCAUUAUAUUAAAUGUCACUGUGCAUAACAAUUUGCUCAGUUAAAAGAUGAUGUGUUUGUAGAGGUUGAUUAUUCUUAGCAUUGGUAUAUCUUGUACUUUGGAAAAAGAACAAAUGAAUGUAACAAAAUCAGAAAUGGGCAGUGUGUCUUGGUAAAAAAAUUAAGGCAUGCAGUAAGGUUGGAAGCAUGUCAGGCUGAUAUUUCUGAACACAAGUAAUUAAGCUACAUUCAAAUGCACCAAUGUUAAUUUUUUCAGUAUUUGACUCAUGGAGGACAUCCAGAAAGAAUGCAGGCACAAUGAAAACUAACAAAUUAAUACAGCCUGAAUAUCUUGUAUUCAGCAUGCAAUUUGAGGCUCUCCAGUAAAUGUACAUGAUGUAAAGGCAGCUGCACUUGGAGUAUAAAACUUCAUUUUAAUUAUAAUUCUUUGGCAGUUUCAUACUUUUUAAAGGCUGGUUUCCUUUAUGAAAUGAAGGGAAGAAGGUCCCACAAGAUGCAAAGUUGAUCAUGAGAUACUAAGAAUAAAAUACCUGGCUAAAAAAAAGAAAAGAAAAAUAGAAAAAUUAUACCCAUAUUGUAUCAAUAUAGGAAAAUAUCACUGGAUUUUCACUGAUGCUUUUUAUUCUGAAAUAUUCUCAUAAAAUCUAUUGCUUCACAAAAUUCAGUGAUAAAAAUAAAUUCUAGUACACUAAUUUCUGUAGCCAACUGAAUGCCUGUAAGAAUGACUCGUACUGUGCCUUGAGAGGUGAAGCUUUAACCCCCUCACUCCUAAUGUAUGUAUAAAGACAGCAUUCAAAUUCCUAAAGGUCCAAGUGACUCUUCUCUUAGUAUCAUAUUAAGAACCAUUUUUUCCAAACUGGAUUUGAGUACAUUCAUUAGGCUGGAAUUACAUAUUUUAAAAAUGGAACAGUUGUAUUAUGUGAGCUGUGAACACAAUUUUUGACACAGCACAAUCUUAUACAUGUUUACUCAGAAGUUCAAUGUGGCUUACUCCCAGGUAAGUGGAUAUAGGGUUGCAGGCAUAAAUUGAUUCCUUAUUCUUUCUUAUUUUCAAGUCAGGUAGUUACUUUUCCUUCUCAUUCAUAGGGUACAAGGUAGUAUGAGUGUUCUUUAUUUAAAAAACAACAACAAACAAACCACCAACUUUACCUGUAGAAAUAACUAUAGAAUUAUGAUCAUAAAUAUGCUUGCAACACAUUAAAACGAUACUUAACCACUUUUAAAUCUUGAUGUCUUGGACACCAAAGGACACUUCUAAUACUCCUGCACAUUUGAGUGCAUAUUUAAAAUAUCAGAAUUCAGCACCAGAAUAGCCCAGAUUGUUAGAAGAAAAGCAGAUUUCUGUGACUUGUAGUCAUCAUGCAAACUUAAAUAUUUUAUUUAAAUUUACCUUUGCAUGGAGAGAAUCUCAAACAGAAUUGCACAAACAUGGUACUUGGUUUCUCUUUUUACCACUGAGGUCAUUGCAGAUCCAAAAUAAUAUUUUUUUGUAUAUUUGUGGCCCUGUAAUUUAAGCAGAAUUUCUUAAUAAAAGUUCAUAUUUUGUUUUAAAUGGGAGUCAUUGCAAGAUCUUAAUCUUUAACUGUGGUUGAGUUGGUACUUUCUUGGUACCAUAAACAGCUUUAAAGUAUCUGUUCAUUGCAUCAAAUUGGGUUUCUGUCUAAAUUAAACAGUAUUCUCAAUUUUCAAUCAUAUUCAUAUUCAGAUUUCCCUUAAUAUUCUGUAUAUUUUGGCCAUGUUUAAGUUUCAUUGCUUGUUCUGCAUCUAAGUAGAAGAAUAUUAAUCCUGUGUCUGAAAACCUGGAAGUCUGCUUCAGUGGAAUCACAUACAUUUAUGAGUAUUUGUGAGAUAAAAAGAAAACAAUAUUAGUGGGUGGUAUCAAACUAGCAUGCUCCCUGACAGAACCAUAUAUGUCAGUGGAAUAGAUUCCCACUGCAGUGUCCCAUUAGCCUCCAAAUUUUCUUCAGAGGGUGGACAUAUUCUUCAAAGCAGGUUUGAGGUGGGAUUGGGGGCACAGGAUGCUACAGAGGGGAGGAGAGGAAAAUAAAAUUCCAUUGUACAAAUAGAAGUCCUUGUGCAUUUUUGGACAUGCUUUUCUGUAUUCUGCAGUGCAUUUUAUUCUGGCUUUUGUGACUCCUGUAGCUCUGAUCAUAAUUUUAAUCUGCUCUGGGCUGGAUUUUCUGGGUGUGAACCUUUUCAGGUUGAAAUUAUUUGAAUGCACUUGACUUCUGUGCAUCACCAUCUGUUAGGGCCUCCAAAAACUGGGGUGUAGUUAUAAGCCUUUCCUCAGGAAUAAGUUGCUUCCAAUAAAUAAAUUUAUUUUCUAAAAUGAGUAAAGUCAAUCAUAAAAUAGCAGUAGGUGACAUUUAACAGAAAUGCAAAAAAAUUAUAUAAAAAAAUAAAAAAUGCUUAUCCUGCUACAAAAUGAUGAUUCGGUCUCAUUUGGUUUCCUAGGCCUGUGUAUGAAACAGUUUUAGGAGAAACCCUUUAAAUGAAUAUCACUUGAGGUUAUAUUACUGAUAUAAUGUGCUAUGCCAUCACACAAGUGCUUAUGAUAGGUUAUAGAAAUGGUUUCACUGUUAGGACAACACAGUAUUGCUUGCAUUAAAAAAAGAAUCACAUUACAGAAAGGAACGCUAGCACACAAGUAUGAAUGUUACGGUUUUCAGACAUUUUAUACUGGGUUAAUUUCAAAAUAUUUCCAAUUAAUUUUAAGUAUUAAAGCUGAUGCUACAGUGCCCAGAACUGAGUAGAUUAGCAAGCCAUUCACUAAAGCCAUUGGGCCACUCCUAAUUUUGCAACACUUGCUGGUUCUUUGCCUGGUUAUAAGCAUCUUGAGAUUUUGUUGGUUAUUAAGAUAGAUUGUUUCUGUUUCAACUGGGACUGGAGGAAAGUCAUGUGGAUGACUUCCUGUGAACUGCCUGUUUGCCCAUAUUAAAUUAGGAGAUGUUCCAGGAAAAAAACUGGAGUCAUCCAUUCGGUUAUCAUGGAGCUGUAUUUUAAAUUGUGAAGGAUGAAGCCAUCAGAAGCUUAGGGAAAAAUUUCUUCCCUCCACCAUUUUGGUGGUCCAGUUUGAACUUCUUGGAAUUUUUAUUUUUGGUCCAAGGAUUGCUUAAUAGCUGUUUGGUCAUUCACAUGCUAGGUGUUAAGAUAAGACUGUCACAACCAAGUAUUUGUUCACAAUUUUGAAGCAUGUAUGCCUAAAGUUAUGUGCAUGUAUUCAGCCUAAAUUUUUCAGAGCUGCUGAGUUAGGGUAAUGGAACAUUUUAGCAUUUGAUUGAGUUCUUAUGCUGGUGGUAGAGAAUGUGUGAUCACCCCAGAUGAUGUUGGGCUAGCCCUAGCUUGUAUAGCUAAUGAUAAGGAAUGAUGGGGUUUCUGGUGAAAAACAGCUGGAGGGCCACACAUUCCUGCCCCUGCUUUAUGGGGUUAUUUCCUGCCUUCUGCAGUGCUGUGUUUCAUAAGCAGCUUGUUCCCUCCUUCUUUGCCAAGACAGCAUACAAGACUCUAGCUGUCAUUAUGUUUAGUUUUAACAAUUGGAAAUAUGCAUCGGUCACAGAUACCGGUCUUUUUUCUCUCUUCCUUCUUAAUGUCAGAAAAGAACAAGAGUGCCAAGGCCACAGUAGUGCUGCCACUGAACUCAUGGCUCUUCUAGUCUUAAGUAAAGCCUAAAAAAGACAGCACAGUUCCCAUAUUGUUGUAGCAUGUUUUGCUAGCUGGAAAACUAGUGGCAACAUGGGCUAUUUUCACUCAUCCCAGGUGGUUAGACAAGUAGCACAUUGCAUCACUGAUGUAAUCUUUUCUAAUGGAAUGUCUAAUGUCUACAUGUGACUAGACAUGGAAAAACAGCACUAUUUCGGAGAUCUCCAUUCAGUCUUACCCCAGCUACAUGCUAGUUCUCAAAGGUUUUUCUUUCUUUUCUGUUUCCUUUUAGGAUAACCCUUAGUGCCUAAAAUGGAUCCUGCACUACCCCCACCUGUUAGUAUUUUGAGUCAUAGCCUUGGUAGCAUUUGAAAGACUUCUUAAAAGGGCAUUCCCAGGUUUAUGUUACAUAUUUGGUUCACAGUGGAAGUUACAAAAAAAUCAAGGAUUGCUCUGUGAGUAAACUGCCUCUACAAUUUAUUUGUUUGGCGAUGUGUGGGAAAGGUCACUGGUACUUUGGUUUAGCCAUAUUCACAAAACAUCUAGAAAUUGUAUAGUUCGGAUCAUGUUUAACAAGAAGGAUUCACCCAAACCUCCUUGUUUAAUACCAAGGUGUAGGAUGAAAUUCUUAAAGGGGUGUUUUUUAAUUUAUUUUGUACUGUACAACACCUUGAUUAAAUGCAGUGUGUGCAUUUUGGGACUCUUAAGUUUAAUUUGUAAAAGCUAUUACAGGUUCAGCAAGUAAGGAAAUUUGUGCUUCCUUCUUGAAUGUUAAAUUAUUUUAUUUUGCAUUUUAUAUGAGUACAAAUUAAAACUGAGCCAUCAAACUGCAAUAAAUCAACAGUGGUAUUUCAUUUGAAACUUUUUGUAUUGUAAAUAGAAUUGUUCAAUAAAAUAUUGUCUGUUAUUAAAUACAA